UGGCGUGACUGACUCCGCGUCUUCCAAUGGCUCCUAUCAUGUCAAGGUAACAUGAUAAUGUUUCCAAUGACAGCUCGUGCCGGCAAUUCGUAGCAAGAGCCAUUGGAGGCAAAAUAGAAUGGGCCGGAAUAUAGUGCGGUGUUCAGCACCAGGUGAGGCUCACUUUUAUUCUUACUACAGUACAAAAGGAUCCGCGUCCUGCAUCAACAACUUCAAUCCGCCUUAUGUGAUAGCUUUACCACCCAUUACCGCACUACACACUACCUAUUUACAAUGGCUACAGAACGCACAGAACCGCCGUCCGCGAGGGACCGGCGGGUGUCCAUCUCUCAGCUGCCGGACGCUACUCUUGAGCUCGGCAAGAGCUUGUACCCAGAACCGUUACAUUUCAAGACGACAGCACAUCUGGCUGAAUUUCGACGAGCAGCGGACUAUAUCUCUGCUGCGAUGAUCUUCCUACGUGAUAAUGUCUUGCUCGAACGAGAUUUGAGCCCUGAUGAUAUCAAGCAUGUCAUUGGUAUCUCUGCUGGCACUUCAAUAGUGAAUGCUUAAUGACGUAUCCAGGAUACUGGGGCAUCUCCCCCGGCCUCACUCUCAUCUACGCCCAUAUCAACCUCACCAUUCAAAAGUACGAUCAGCCCAUGAUCUGUCUCAUCGGAGCAAAUUACGGUGUCCCAGCUGUUCUUUCUUGUCUUUGGCUGGAAAGAUCUUUGGAACGCUUUUAUCCACAGUAUAGCCGGGACAGAAAGGGCUUGCACAAUCUGAUUACCAGUUUCAGCGUACCUGGAGGAUUUCCUAGUCACAUCAGUGCCAGAAUUCCAGGAUGCAUUCAUGAAGGUGGCGAACUCGGACAUGUCUUGAGUGUCGCGUAUGGUACGGUGAUGGACAAACCAGAGUUGAUCUCUGUCGCAGUCAUUGGUGACGGCGAGGCCGAGACGGGUCCAACAGCAACUGCAUGGCACAUGUGCAAAUAUGUCAACCCUACUCAAGACGGAGCUCUUCUGCCUAUUCUAUACCUGAGCAGCUCAGAAGAGAGCCAAAGAACAAUUUUCGGGUCCAUGGAUAAUGCCGAGCUCUGCUGUCUGUUUUCCGGAUACGGCUAUCGUCCCUGUAUCGUCGACGAUAUGCAGGACGUCGACAGGGAGCUAAGCAGCGCCUUGUACUGGGCAGUCGAGGUUAUCAGAGAGAUCCAACUUGCAGCCAAAGCCGGAGAACAUGAUGUCGUGAAACCAAGAUGGCCAAUGAUUAUUCUGAGGAUUCCUAAACGAUGGGGCUAUCCUCAGCUCGACCCCGAAGAGCAUUUUUCUGGCUCAUUCCACGGUAGAGAAGUACUCCUGCCACAUGUCAAGAUCAACCAGACAGAAUUGCAGCACCUUCAGGACUGGCUAAGGUCAUACAAGCCAGCCGAGAUUCUUCCUGGAGGGCAGAUUUCUGAAGGAAUCGAGAACAUCAUUGCACCGAACGAGAGGCUUCUCCUUGGCCAAAACCGAGUCACUUGGGAUAUUCGGCACCAUCUUGAUGUUCCGGAAUGGAGACAUUUCGCGGUUGCCAAAGGCAAUCACAGCAGCUGCCUCAAGGAGGGAGGUCGAUACCUCGAUGAGACUCUGGCACGAAACAAGCAUACGCUGCGUAUCUUCUCUCCCGACGGUCUUGUGGCUAAUAAGCUCAACCAACUCGACAAAUUGUCAGACCGCACUUUUCGCAGCUUCAGAUGGGACGCAAACAAUGUCUCAACCGGUGACCAGGUGAUUGAAUUCGCUUCUGAACAUACAUGUCAAGGCUUGCUCCAAGGCUACACUAUGACUGGCCGGACGGGAAUUUUCGCUGCGGAUGAGAGCUUGUUUCCCAUCAUCGCCACAAUGAUGACUCAAUACGGCAAGUUCUUGAGAAUGGCACGAGAAACACCUUGGCGGAAGGACUUGAACAGCCUGAACUACAUUUCAACGAGCACAUGGACUCGCCCUGAGUCAAAUGGACUAUCCCACCAGAAUCCGAGCUUCAUCGGCGCUGUGCUGAACUUGAAACCAACCAUCGGAAGGGUCUACUUGCCGCCAGAUGCGAACACGUUCCUAUGCACCCUCGCCCACUGUCUCCGUUCCAAGAACUACGUCAAUUUGAUUGUGUCGUCGUCACAUCCUGGCCCGGUAUGGCUCAGUCCCGAAGAAGCAGAAUUCCACUGCCGCGCUGGAGGCGGUGUCUGGAAAUUCGCAAGCACCGACGAAGGGAUCGAUCCCGAUGUCGUCCUCGUCGGUAUUGGAUCAGAGGUCAUGUUUGAGGUGCUCGCAGCUUCCAGUUAUCUUAGGAAACUCGCACCAGCAAUGUCCGUUCGUGUCAUCAAUGUCACAGACCUGAUGAUACUGGGUCGUGAGGGCUCACAUCCGCACGCUCUGAGCCACCGCGAUUUCGAUAUCCUCUUCACACCACACAGGGAAAUCCACUUCAACUACCAUGGCUACGCCAAUGAAUUGCAAGGUCUCCUCUUCGGACGGCCGAAACUGGAAAGAGUCUCCAUCUCCAGCUUUCAGAACGAACUUACCAGCACAACUCCUUUUGAAACGAUGCUGAAGAACAAGUGCAGCCGGUACCACGUGGCUGAAGCAGCAAUCCGCGGUGCAGCAAAAUGUAACCCGCACAUUGCGGUCGACCUCCAAAAGCUUGUGGCCCAUGUCCAGCACGAACGCGCCAAGGUGGAGCAAUUCAUCCAGAAGCACGGGGUCGAUCCCGCCGGCAUGUACGAUGUACCCAGGUUCUCAAAGCCUUGGCAUCGACAUCGUCAGCCGGAUGGAGACCAGGACUGGACCGCGCACGACAAGUCGUUCCAUCUGCCGAAGGAGGAGCAGGAUUGGGAGUGAUUUCGAUUCAAAAUUGUACACUGAACAUCUGCAUGGGAAGCAGUCGACUGGCAGUCGUUGCAGACGACCGACGGCGUUUGAAGGGACAUUCAUUCAUCGUGAUUGAAGGUUCAUUGACAGGGAAACGUCCGGGUUGGAUUGAGACACGUAAUGAACUUUGGGAAAAUGCAUCUUCAAAGGGGUUCCGGACAAACCAGUGCUAUUGAAGCACCGGCUAAGUGGUGGAAUAAGAAGCACGUUGGUAGUACGAAAACAAUUUUUACGGACAUUACCUGAGAGUCACACGUCUAUGCUCGUCGUGAGAGCUAGGGAUGUGUCAAUACGUGUUACGCUAUCACGGCAGGGGAAAAUAAGCAACAGUGACCACGUCAAUGAUGUCUUAAUACCAUCCACAGUUGUGCCUACGUGGCUAAGGAAGGUUUCAUUUGCAGAGAGUGAAUAUUAUUGGGGACUAAUUUGCUUCUCCUAUUUGUCCUUUGAUACAGCUUUGAAGCUGACCGGUUCGCCAGUCAGCCAUCGUUCAUUCGAUCGUGAUGGUCUUGGUCUUGUUGGCUUUCUCGGACUUUGGCACCACGACAUGGAGCACACCAUCCUUCAAGCUGGCCUUGACCUUGUCCUGGUCGAUUGGCGUGGGGAAACCAAAGGUACGAGCGAACUCGCCACUGCUACGUUCAGAAUACCAGUAAGUUGGUCCU